CCUCGCCACCCUUCAUUCAGGCAAGACAUUUCCUGCAGAUAUAUCGUUGGAGGUUUUCUUAUUUAUUUACCCCAAAAGGUAUUUUCAAAUGGGCCCCGUCGCCUAGCGUUUACUCUCCUAAGCCUCGCCGAUUGAGUUGGGUCAGCACGGCUGGGUAACAAAAAGGGUUUCUAACACGAUUCAACAAGUUCGUGAGAAUGGCAGCGAUCAACGCAGGCGGUUCUCUUGUGGCAACCCAUGACUACCACCGAAGGCGCAUCGGCUCCACCUCCAGCAGCAGCUCCUGUGGCAGCUCAGAGUACAGCGGGGAAAUCAUUCCACAUCAUCAUCCAGGUCUGCCAAAACAAGACUCGGGACAUUGGUGGUCCAGCUUCUUCUUUGGGAAGCAGAACCAGCCAGGAAUGACCACACUGACGGAGGAGGCCCAGCAGAAGACGGCGGCCAUGACUCUGACCAACGGCCAGGUGACCUGCGUUGCCAGGGAGAUGGUGAUGAAGAGGCAGGUCAGCGACGUCGAGAGGUCCGAGUCGGCGAGUUCACCCCCCUCCUGAGGCGAGAAGGGACCAACGCUAGGAGACGGGAGGCUGCUUUCCACCCCCCACUAAACCCUUUAAUUCUGUUCCAUCCUCCACACUACAUAGAAAGUAUCAAACUAUGUAUCAGGCAUAGAAUGUAGUAUGCUAGUGUAGGUAUUGGAACAGACCCCCCCUCCCCUUUUAACCAUACACUGGCUGCAUCCCAAAUAGCAUUCUGUGCACUACUAUUGACCAAAGCCCAUUUGGGUUACGUUCCCAACAUCCACGUUAGCAAACUACGUAGAAUGAAUAUCAGUCACUCUGCUACACGCUAAGCAUUAUGGGUAUUGGAACAAUUAUUUGUUUGUCUUAGUAAGACAAGCUGCCAAUUUAACUUUUUUUUUGUAUCCUGUUUUUAUUUUCUAUGACUAAAAAUAAAAUGAACUAUAUAUAUA